GCGGAGUCCGUGGAGAGAGCCUGUCUGAUCACAUUAGCCGCUUCCUAAACAUGAUGACCAAAAUGAAGAAAGCUGGAAAUCCUGUAACCAAUCGUGCUGCAAUAAAGAAAUUGCUUGACUCGCUCCCCAAGGAAUGGAGCCUGCAGUGUAUGAUGAUCAAGAAGGAAUUCCUCAACAAUCCUAAUCCUGUUACUCUGUCAGAUCUGAUCAACACUCUAAGGGCAUUUGAAAUGGACGUAAACAAGAGAGAGAUGAACACUGCUGGAUAUCAACCUAAAGCAACUCAACCUUCAGCAGGACUGAAGAAUGUAGCGUUUCUCGCUUCAGGGGGCAUUACUCCACAAGCUUCUGAUCUAAUUUAUGCAAAUGCUUCCGCAAGCGCAUCUAAAGCCCCACAACUUGUUGAGAAAACGAUCACUGUCGAUACUCAAGCACUGAAAGUUUCAACCGAGAAUGUGGCACUCUUCAACACUUUCCUAAGCAGCUAUGAAGCCCUAAUGUCUGGGGAAUUGAAGAAGGAGAUGUUUACUGCCGAAGACAUGUAUCAGGUUGAUCCAGAUGAUAUGGAAGAAAUGGAUCUGAAAUGGCAAAUGGCCAUGAUCACUCUGAGAUUGAAGAAGUUUCAAGACAAGACAGGCAAGCGAUUAGGUCUUGGAAAAGCUGGUUUUGACAAGUCUAAGCUGAGGUGCUACAACUGUAAGAAUCUUGGACACUUCAAGCGUGACUGUCCGAUGUUGAAAGAGGGAAACAGUGAAGCUACUCCUGCUGCUAAACAGAUCACUGCCGAAGAGAACAAAAGCAACGCUUCUCCCAGCACGCCAAAGGCUUUGGUUGUUGAAGACUAUGACUGGAGCGAAGAGAUCACUGAAGCUAAGGAACAAGUCAACAAAGCACUGAUGGCCAAAAUCUCUAGUGAAUCAUCUGCAAAGCACUUUGAGAAGCAGACAACGGGAAUCCCAACUGGAAACAAUGAUGCUGACCAGGGAUUGAAAGGUAUUCUGCCUUCAGUGGAGUCUGGUGAUAAAGCUGAAAAAGAUGCUGAGAAAGGAAAGGAUAAAGUUCAAGCUACAGCCAUGAAAGCAGAUGCAUCAAAAGAGAAGGCUGACAAAGACUUGAUUCCAUUGAGUGUAAAGAAGAUGUGUGCGAUGAUGAUGGAGACUGCGGAGGGUCAAAAAUAGGAAUUGGUUAUUCAGGCGACAGUUAUUCCACCGUUAACUGGUUUGUCUGGAAUUGUUCUAAAAACAAUGUUAAGGAUGAAUGUAAUAGUUUAAGUAGGAUGGAUGACUGUAAUGGCCAAGUGCCUAAAACUAAAUCUGUGGAUGACUGUAAGGGCCAUGUGCCUACAUUUGAGACCCGUGAUCAUGAACCUUAUGUGUCUGAAUGUCAUGGUUUGAAUUAUGCGUG